AUUUCGAGAAAGCCCAAAAGGAAAUGUAGCGCGUCGUUAUUCUUAUAAAAUAAAAAGAAGAAAAAGGAAGGAAGUUUAAUAGACACUGGAUGAUUUAAGAAGAACUGGGAAGCUUGGUUAAUAAGCACUGGAAAUGAGUCAGCUUACUGCGCGCAGAAUGAGGAUCGGCUAAAGCUGGGCGUUCAGAAAAGGGAUUCUGAAAAAAAGACGUUAUAAAUAGUAAUAAUAAUAAUAAUAAUAACAAAAAAAAUUAAAGCAACAGUCGCUCUGUCGCAGAACCCUUGACACGUCGUUUUUAUUCACUCGGAAUUAUAUAAUGUCUACACACCGGAGAUCGCUUUAUUUCAAUUACGCGCUGUCCGUUUGCAUCGCGCUGCUGGGUUUGCUGGCGGCCAGUUCAUUAUCUCCUGACCCAGUCGUGAACGGGACUGUGGGGGAGUCCGUUCUCUUGCCCGCUGGGCUUUCUCAACCAGCACGCAUUACUGGAGUGCAAUGGAUUUUCGGUAAAGAUGUCAUUGCCGAUGAAGAGAAUAUUAAUGGAAUAACUGCCCAGUUCAGAAAUAGGGUGCAUCUGAACAGAAACGACUGUUCUUUAACAAUCACUCAGCUGAGAGCAGAAGACAGUGGAGGAUAUCAUCGUGCUAUUGAAACAGCUGACAGUCAGCUACCAACGCUCAUGAUUACUCUUCAUGUCUAUGAAAAGAUCUCGGCGGAGAUGGAGAGGAAACCAUCGAAUGAAACCUGCCGUGCAACACUGCUGUGCACCACGAACCAAACAAAACACGUCUCCUACCGCUGGAAGAGAGGGGACCAGGAUUUACCCGAGUACGCUGGGAUGCUGGAGGUGUCCCUGAGCCCCGGAGAGAGGGGUGUGAUCUUCACCUGCGUCGCUUCUAAUCCAGUCAGCGAGGCAGCAGCAUCUAUCCGGGAGAGCUGUGAAGAGUCUUCCGGGGGUGUUUCGGUCUGUGCGUUGAAGGCAGCCCUCCUCUCGCUGGGUCUGGUUCUCAUGAUCUCGGCUGUGAUCGGAGUCCAUGUGCGGGAGUGCACACACACACAGCUGAGUGAUCUUUAAAUCUGCAUUGACACCGCUCUCGGGCGAGCAACCUCUUACCCGCUUAUCACAGAGAGGCAGUCCAGACUGGCGGGGAAAUAUAGUUUGGUGGGAAGCACAGACUUUAAACUUGUGCGGGAGGAAAUGCUGGACUCUGCUUGGCUGGUAAUAAAUGAGCUGUCACAAUACUGCUCGCAAUGCAGAUAGGUAGAGCCAUUUAACGACGUCAUGCUAAUCUUCCGAUAUCAUCGCACUGCUACCGUCUGAUUGUUUUAUUAACAGGGCGCGCAUUUGUGUCUCUCUUUCUGAUUUAGAAAAGAACAUUUACGCCGGCAUCGAGAAACAUGUGAGACAAAGGAAGCGGAGAGCGGUUUUUAACGCCCUGCACCGAGAAAGAACUGGA